UUUAGAAUAAAGUCUGUGAUAAAAUUAUAAUUUUCAGAUAAAAUGGACUUAUCUCCCAGGCAUGAGGGGGAGGAGGAUGGAAAGGGAUAUACUCCCAGUGUAAGUUCAACAACUCCUUGUUCUACUCCUACUACAACUCCAACACCAGAGUCCCGAGAUACUCCACCCGAUAGACAAUACCUUCAAGAGGAGUUUAUUCCACCAGCUAGUCGGUCAUCUCAUGAUCUUAGUACCUCGUAUUCAUGGGACACUCAACUAGCAGAUCCAAGUUUUGUUGGUGCCCCUGUUACAGCAUUCCACCACGCUCCCAUGUCUGAUGGAUGGGAUAAUAUUAUCGUUGGGAUGAAGGUUGAGGUUGAGAACGGAGAUGUUGAUCCUAUGCCUGGGGUGUUUACUACAGCUUAUUGGGUUGCUACAGUGCUAAGAAUAUCAGGGUAUAAGGUGUUGUUGAGAUAUGAAGGAUUUGGACAGGAUGGAAGUAAAGAUUUCUGGGUUAAUCUCUGCUCUGACAAGGUUCACCCUGUAGGCUGGUGUGCUACCAAGGGCAAACCACUUAUUCCUCCUAAAACUAUUCAGUCCAAAUACAGCGACUGGAAAGAGUUCCUUGUAAAAAGACUGACAGGAGCUAGAACUCUGCCCAUCAACUUCUAUAAAGUGGUUUGGGAGAGCGUAGCAUCUUUAUUUCGUAAAGGGAUGAAAUUAGAGGUUGUGGAUAAAAUGAGGAUAAGUCAGGUUCGUGUUGCCACUGUCGUUGAUGUCACCGGUCGUCGUCUUCAGCUUUCAUAUGACGAUGGAAAUGGGGAGGAAGGAUUCUGGUGUCACGAGGAGAGUCCGCUGAUUCAUCCAGUAGGUUGGGCCAGGAGGGUUGGACAUCAGAUUGCAGCUACCUCAGAAUAUCAUGAUAGAUGCCUAAUGGAGAACUAUUUGGAGACUGAUACGACUGCGGAUAUGUUCCCUGAGUACCCCCCGGCCUCGGGAGCCUUCACGGUCGGCCUCAAGCUGGAGGCCGUAGAUCCUCUCAACCUGGCAACCAUCUGUGUUGCUACAGUAAUGAAGGUCUUGAGAUUCGGAUAUAUUAUGAUCAGGUCAGGGCUUUUUUUAUUAGUAAAUUCCCCUGUCCUGAGUGGAUCAGAUGCUGCGUUUAACUGGAUAAACUAUCUUCAAACAAGCAAAAGUCAGCCAGCACCUCUCAACAUCUUUCCAACUAGAGACAAGCAGAAGCAUGCUUUCAAGACUGGAAUGAAGGUUGAGUGUACAGAUUUGAUGGAUCCUAGACUAGUUUGUGUCAGCACUGUGUCAAGGGUUGUCGGUCAUCUUCUCAAGGUUCAUUUUGACGGAUGGGAGGAGGAUUAUGAUCAAUGGAUGGACUGUGACAGUGUAGAUAUUUACCCUGUAGGAUGGUGUGAGCUUGUCGGUCACCGACUGGAGGGACCGCGGAUGCAGAUACCAAUGACAAAGAAGGAAAGGAAAAGAAAAGCAGGAAACAAGAGAACUGGAAAGAUGGCCAAAAAGAGAG